AUGGACCACCACGAAAUAUCGGCAGUCCAUACUGUCCUGCAUCUGAUAUAUCAUCGCAAUAAGAAUCAACACCAGAGGGCUAAAUGGUGGAAAUGGCUGUCAACUUUAAAGCGUACCACAUUGGAUCUCGGAUCCUUGGACUCGGCCGCAGUCGAGCGCUACCAGCAGCAUCUCGCCAUGCAUCUAAUACCCCGAUGUUCAUCUCUAGACCUGAAGGAGACAGGUAUUGACCCGAACAGAGCAUUUUCCACGGUGGUCGCUGAGAACCAAUUCGCGACACUAGGGAUCGCGCUUCUGGCCGCUUUGGCACGUCUGGCCAAGGCCACUGGGGCCGAUCGGAAGCUCAAAUCGCGAGCUCGGCUGACAAGCAAGAAAGCGACUGCUCCGAUCCCGGUCGAGGACCGGGGAGAGCGUAUUCGUCGCGAUGAUGCGCUGCCUGAACCGAGUCAGCCCUCCAGGACGAAGUCUGUGAAGAAGAAGGCUGCCAAGCCCAAGACCACCAAACGCAAGAAAGAUGCCAUUGAUGAUCUUUUCAGUGGUCUCUUUUAA